AAUGUCGGGCCGGCGGAUUCGGGUUCGUUUCUCUGUGCUCGUCCUCCGCGUCACUGGGCCAUGUGUGGCGAGCUUGCGAUGCGAGAGAGAGGCAGAAAGAAAGAGCUAGGAGCUGGCCUCGAAGUACUCGCGCUAUAGGUGUUCUCGUUGUUGUGGAGGCCAGCAACGCAUCGGGAGAGACUCCAACGCCAGCGGCAGAAAGAUACCGACAAAGUGCCAUAUCGAUUUGAUUAUUUAUUAUCCCUAAAUCCCCCAAAGCGGAGCGAGAGCGACGAUUCUCAAGAGGCACUCCAGUGCGCCGUUUCCUAUGAAGCCCUAGCUCACAGCAUACUGCCUCGUCCUCCAGUUCGAUUGCCGGCGCUGCCUUGUAAUUCUUGACCUCGGUGGUUCUAGGGGGAAAAAGAGCUACCUUGCGAUUUUGAGGCGAACCCUUGGUUUAUUUCUUGCUGGAACUUCAAUUCUUCCGCUAAAGGUCUUGGUUUGGCGAGGGUGAUAAAAUGAAGUUCAAUAGGCAUGCUAAGAAGAGAACUGUGACAGAAAAUGGAGAUGGAGGGAUCGAUUUAGUACUUGCAAGGUCAAUCGGAAAUGGGGAGGAUUUGCGCCGGAUUGUUCAGUAUGCCUUUGAGUUAGGGAAGCCUGAUGCACUCUUGCUUCAACUUAGGAAUGUUGUUAAAAAGAAAGAAGUCGAGAUAGAAGAACUGUGCAAACUUCACUAUGAGGAAUUCAUUCUUGCAGUUGAUGAGCUACGAAGUGUGUUGGUUGAUACUGAUGCACUCAAGAGCUCACUAUCAAGCGAUAAUUUGAAGCUGCAGGAUGUUGCUAGUGCACUUUUAUUGAAGCUUGAUGAGCUCCUUGAGCUUUAUUCAAUUAAGAAAAAUAUCACAAAGGCCAUGCAAAUAAUGAGGGUCUGUGUGCAUGUUUUGAAACUAUGCCUGCAAUGCAACAUGCAUAUCUCGAACAAUCGGCUCUACCCUGCAGUGAAAAUUGUGGAUGUAAUUGAAAGGGAAUACAUACAAAACAUUCCUCUUGAGCCAUUCAAGAAGGUGAUCGAAAAACAAAUACCUGCAAUUAAGAAGUUCAUUGAGAACAAGGUGUCUGAUGAGUUCAAUGAAUGGCUUGGUCGUGUAAGGAGCACCACUAAGGACAUUGGGCAGUUGGCUAUAGGACAGGCUGCCUCAGUCCGUCAAAGGGAGGCAGAAAAGAGAACUAGCCAGUGGGAAGCUGAAGAGCAGAGUCGGUCUGGGCUUAGUGAUCUUGUUUUCACGUUAGAUGUCGAGAAUUUUGACGAAGAUUCAAUGCUAGAGUUUGACCUAACACCUGUUUAUCGUGCAAACCAUGUGUACAGUUACCUUGGUAUUGGGGAAAAGUUUCAUGAGCACUAUUACAAUAACCGAUUAAUGCAGCUGAAUUUGGACUUGCAGAUUUCAUCAGCACAACCCUUUCUUGAAUCCCACCAAUCAUUCUUUACACAGAUUGCUGGAUUUUUCAUAUUGGAAGAUCGAGUCCUAAGGACUGCUGAGGGCUUGUUGUUAGAGAGUCAGCUGGAAAUGUUAUGGGAUACCGCUCUCUCAAAGAUGACAUCUGUUUUAGAGGAUCAAUUUUCUCAUAUGGACACUGCAAACCACCUUCUACUUGUCAAGGACUUUGUCACUCUUUUUGGUUCAACUCUUAGACGUCAUGGAUACCAGGUAAAGCCUUUGCUUGACGUUCUUGAUAACAGCAGGGACAAGUACCAUGAACUUCUCCUCAGUGAAUGCCAUAAGCAAAUAGCAGAGGCCCUUGCAAGUGAUACCUUUGAGCAAAUGGUGAUAAAGAAAGAGUAUGAGUACAAUAUGAAUGUGGUAUCAUUCCAUCUUCAGUCCUCAGAUAUAGUGCCUGCUUUUCCAUUUAUUGCCACAUUCUCUUCCUCUGUUCCUGAUGCUUGUCGUAUAGUGCGUUCCUUCAUCGAGGACUCUGUCAACUACUUAUCACACGGAGGUCACGUAAAUACUUACGAUGUGUUAAGGAAGUAUCUUGACAAACUGAUGAUUGAUGUGCUGAACAAAGCUUUGCUCAACAUGAUCCAUUCUGGUAGUUUAGAUGUAUCACAAGCAAUGCAAAUUGCAGCAAACAUAGCUGUCCUAGAGCGCACUUGUGAUCUUUUUCUAUGGCAUGCUGGCCAACUUUGCUCGGUGCCUUCACACUUACUUGAACGACCUCAUUCGGGUUUGACUGCCAAGGCUGUUUUUAAGGCAACACAGAAUGCUGCCUAUACUGCAUUGUCAAACGCAGUUGAUUCUAAGUUGGAUGAAUAUCUUAAUCUUAUGCACAGUAUAAAUUGGACAGCUGAUGAAGCCCCAGAACAUGUGAAUGAUUAUAUGAAUGAAAUCAUUAUUUAUCUCAACUUCCUGAUAACUAAUGCACAACAGAUUUUGCCUUUAGAUGCGCUUUAUAGAGUGGGAUUUGCUGCUCUUACUCAUAUUUCUGAAUCUAUAGUGGCAGCCUUUCUUAGCGAGAGUUUAAAAAGAUUCAACCUCAAUGCUGUGGUUGGCAUUGACAACGAUCUGAAAAGGUUGGAAUUACUUGCAGAUGAAAUAUUUCAAAGCACCGGUCUGAGUGACCUAAAGAAAGAUUGCAGUUUCAGAGAAUGCUUAAUGGAAUCCAGGCAGUUGGUGAAUCUUCUGCUGAGCAAUCAGCCUGACAGUUUUAUGAAUUCUGAAAUAAGGGAGGAAAACUAUGGUGCUUUGGAUUACAAAAAGGUUGCUGUUGUCUGUGAAAAAUUCAAGGAUUCACCAGAUAGGUUGUUUGGUAGCCUCUCUGGGCGAAGCACAAAGCAAACAGCUAGGAAGAAGUCAAUGGACACAUUGAAAAGAUGGUUGAAAGAUUUCAGUUGAAUAUUGACAAUGCAAUCCAGAUAUGCUAGCUUGUGGUAUAUCUAUGGAUCUCCCUUGUUCCUAUUUUUUGGAUUUUCCAUAAUGGUUAUUUAUCUUUUGAAUUUUAAUCAUUCAAAACC